AUGCUUGCCUCAAGAAUCUGCCGCGCGGCUCCUCGCGUGCCUACACAAUUCAUUCGCUCCCCUGCUUUCAGAGUCCCAUCGACCCAGUUCAGACGAUGGAACUCGACAGAGGGUGGUGAGGAGAAGGUCAAGGGCCAGGUCAUCGGUAUUGAUCUUGGUACCACCAACUCUGCCGUUGCCGUCAUGGAGGGAAAGACCCCAAAGAUUAUGGAAAACUCUGAAGGAACAAGAACCACUCCAUCCGUCGUUGCUUUCACCAAGGAUGGCGAGAGAUUGGUCGGUGUUGCUGCUAAGCGUCAGGCCGUUGUCAACCCAGAGAACACUCUCUUCGCUACCAAGCGAUUGAUUGGUCGUAAAUUCACCGACCCAGAGUGCCAGAGAGAUCUGUCAGAGGUUCCUUACAAGAUCGUUCAGCACACCAAUGGUGACGCCUGGGUUGAGGCUCAGGGCCAAAAGUACUCUCCCUCUCAGAUCGGUGGUUUCGUCCUCCAGAAGAUGAAGGAGACCGCUGAGGGAUACCUCAACAAGCCAAUCAAGAACGGUGUUGUCACUGUUCCUGCUUACUUCAACGACUCUCAACGUCAGGCUACCAAAGAUGCUGGUCAAAUUGCUGGUCUUAACGUUCUCCGUGUCGUCAACGAGCCCACCGCUGCUGCUCUUGCCUACGGUCUCGAGAAGGAGCAGGACCGUGUCAUUGCUGUCUACGAUCUUGGUGGUGGUACUUUCGAUAUCUCCAUUCUCGAGAUUCAGAAGGGUGUGUUCGAGGUCAAGUCCACCAACGGAGACACCCAUCUCGGAGGUGAAGAUUUCGACAUCACCCUCGUCCGCAACAUUGUCCAGCAGUUCAAGAAGGACUCUGGCAUCGACCUCUCCGGUGACCGCAUGGCCAUCCAGCGUAUCCGUGAGGCCGCUGAGAAGGCUAAGAUGGAACUUUCUUCCGCUUCUCAGACUGAAAUCAAUCUCCCCUUUAUCACUGCUGACGCUUCUGGCGCCAAGCACAUCAACUCUAAGCUCACUCGUUCUCAGCUCGAGGCUCUCGUUGACCCCUUGAUCCAGCGCACUGUUGAGCCAGUCCGAAAGGCCCUCAAGGAUGCUAACCUUACUGCCAAGGAUAUCCAGGAAGUCAUCCUGGUUGGUGGUAUGACCCGUAUGCCCAAGGUCACCGAGUCCGUCAAGAGCAUCUUCGGACGCGAGCCUGCUAAGUCCGUUAACCCCGACGAGGCUGUUGCCAUCGGUGCUGCCAUCCAGGGUGCUGUCCUUGCUGGUGAAGUCACCGAUGUCUUGCUUCUCGAUGUCACUCCCCUUUCCCUCGGUAUCGAGACCCUCGGCGGUGUCUUUACCCGUCUCAUUAACCGCAACACCACCAUCCCAACCAAGAAGUCCCAGACCUUCUCCACCGCCGCUGAUUUCCAGACUGCCGUCGAGAUCAAGGUCUACCAGGGUGAGCGUGAGCUCGUCCGUGACAACAAGCUCCUCGGAAACUUCCAGCUCGUUGGUAUCCCACCAGCCCACCGUGGUGUCCCACAGAUCGAAGUUACUUUCGACAUUGAUGCCGACUCCAUUGUCCACGUCCACGCCAAGGACAAGUCCACCAACAAGGACCAGUCCAUCACCAUUGCUUCUGGCUCUGGUCUCUCUGACUCUGAGAUUCAGAACAUGGUUAACGAUGCUGAGACCUACCGUGCUCAGGAUAUUGAGCGUAAGGCCCUCAUUGAAGGUGCUAACCGUGCCGACAGUGUCCUGAACGAUACCGAGAAGGCCCUCAAGGAGUUCGAAGAGAAGCUUGACAAGGCCGAGGCCACCCAGAUCACUGAGAAGAUCACCGCUCUCCGUGAAGUCGUUGCCAAGUGCCAAUCUGGUGAAACCACCAUCACCGCUGAGGAGCUCAAGGCCAAGGUAGAUGACCUCCAGACCUCCUCUCUUACCCUCUUCGACAAGAUGCACAAGGCCCGCCAUGAGGAGAGCCAACAGCAACAGCAACAGCAGCAACCACCACAGGGCGAGGAGAAGCCCAAGGAUGGAAGCAACUAA